CAAACAGCCAGAAGAUGAAGUCCUCUGAAGCCAGAACCGACGACCUGGACAGAGAAAAGGGAUUAUAUCUGAGCCAGAUUCGGUUCCUGGACGAACAGCUGGAGAGGUUCCAGCUUCAAUGUGACAAAGUGAAGGAAGAGAGCAAAGACAUCGUCUUGAAGACCAGCGCUCUGCAGAAGGACACCCGCGACAUUCUGGAGUACCUGCAUCACCUUGUCGCCGCGUUGGAGAAAGACGAGCAGGAGCUGAGGGAGCGGGUGGAGCAGCAGCUGCAGGCCGACAGAGACAAAUCAGGAGGCCUGCAGCUGCUGGUCAAUCAGGAGGAGCAGGAGCUGCAGGAGGAGCUGGACAGGCUGGGCUCAGAGGACAAGAUGCAGGCUGCCAGGUUAGAAGAUCAGAAGGUGCAGCUGGUCCACCUGAAGCAGCAGAUGGUGAUAAACCCGUCUGCAAAGGAAGAGCAGAGACUUCUGGAGCACCAACACCUCUCUGUGGUCAACACGUUCUACAUCGAGCAGAGAAAGCUGGUCGAUGAGAAGAAGAAGUCUGUGAUGAGCAGCAUUCAGCUGAAGAUGUCCUCCAUGUUUGAGAAGGAGAUGAAGGAGCGCAGAGAGAAGCUGAUGGAGGUCAAGUGUGCCAUGCAGGAAAGCUACCAGCUCCACUGGAGCCGCUGUGUGGAGAAGGACCGGCUGAAGAGUCUGUGUCGAACGGCCAUUAAGAUGAGGAUCCUCAACUUCAAACUGAUCCGCAAAAUCUUCAGCCUCAGGAAGGAAUCAGAGAAGCUGACGAAGAAAUGCAAACUGCUGAUGGGUCAGAUAAACGAGCUGCAGCGCUCCAACGAGAGCCUCCUGGACUACAGUGAGGCCUGCAGGCAGUACCUGGCCUCAGGGAGCCAGGAGUGCCACCAGAAAGCGUCCCUCGUCGCGCUGCUGGAGGAGCGGCUGCAGAGGGAGAGGAGCGGCACGAGGAGGCUGGAAGGAGACCUGAAGAGGGCUGCGUCCGUCCUCACAGCCGUCGCCAUGAACUCUGAUAAGAUGCCAGGAGGUGAGCUGAGGAUGCAGAAGGUGCUGCAGGCCCUGGGCACCAGUGAGCUGCAGAGAGCAGAGAGCUCAGAGGCCGACGUUGCCAGCGCCGACGCCGAGAACGUCUCCAGAGACCCGCUGUUCCUGAUGGCCAAACUCAGACCGGGAGACCUGUGCCUCGUUCCUGGACCCACCUGGAGGCCCCGGGCUGCAGCUCCGUCCCUCAGCAGCCAGACGCCUCAGAACAGGGUGAAGCUGCCGCCGAUCCAGCAGAGCCUCUGGAAAACGGCGCUCCACGAAUGGAUGAGAUGAUCCUGUGCGUCCUGCUCCCGUCAGAGCAUUCCUAAUAAACC